AUGUUGUCAUCUCAAUCUCAAUCUCUAUCGCAAGCUGGGUCAGUACCAGCUCAACGUCGUAUCAUUCGCUGUGUGGAGUCAUACUUUCUGACUUCCAAUGGCGACAUCUUCGGUUUACCGGCGGCAUUCCUCAAAGCACGAGUGCCUAUCAUCAGCGACAUGCUAUCUUUGCCUGCUGUUCCUGGACAGACCGCGGAAGGGCAAUCUCCUGAGAACCCCAUCACCAUGCCAAUGGUCUCGACCGAGCAGCUCCAGACGCUCAGUGACUUUUGCUUCAUGCCGCGUGACUGCCUCAAAGGCAAUUUCAACCACCUCGUCAUGUUGCUUCAUACGUCGGAUGCAUUGGGUUGCGAUGGAGCUCAUACCUACGCACUCGAUGAACUGCCGAAGUGCAAAGAGUGGACCCUGGUACAGCAACUGAGGCUUGCGGUCGCGUACAACAUACGCCCUUGGCUUGUGUCAUCGUUCAAGGCACUCAUUCGGCGUCCAGCAUCUGAUAUCACCGUGGAGGAGUGUCUCAUGCUCGGCUUCAAGAUCCUCCAUGAUCUCGACCUUGCUCGCGACGAGGUAGACAAGCACCGACGGCGUUAG